AUGUCUUUCUUUGGCUUUGAUACGAGCCUGCCGCGUGAUCACGGUCAUGCUUCUAAUGCUCCCGGCUUUGGCCAGCACGAUGCCUUCGCCGCGCUCGGCGGUGGGGCAAUCGAAGGCGAUGUCAUUGACUUUGAAGAAACCUACGACGGCCUCGGCGACCAGCUCGAUGAUGAGGCUGAUGAUCUCAAUGACGACACCUUCGGAGGUGGUCCUGCAACGCAGCAGUCUGUGGGCAAGCACUUUGACUUUGCCGGCCAGACGUCCAUGGUCUCGAGCACACUGCAAGAGGAGCAGAUGCUUUACCAGGCUCGAAACCAAGUCCCUCGUCAGCAGCAACAGCAACAACAGGCGCACCAGCAGCAGUACCAGCAGCAAUACCAGCAAAGGCCCCCGGUCCCGCAGGCCUCCAAGCCCAAUCGAACUGGCUAUGAGAGCUACAAGGACCCCGAGUACAUCCCUCAGCUCGAGGCUCGUGCCGACAUCUGGGGCCUCAAGCCCAAGGCGUCGGCUUCGCAGCAGCAGCAGCAAUCCUCGCCACAGCCUGCCAUGGCUACCCAACAAGCUCCUCCAUCGAGGAAGGUCAUGAGCAUGGAGGAGGUCGAGGCCAUGAUGCGCGCACAGUCUAUUGGUAACGACCCCAGGGCUACCCCUCCGGUCCAGCAAGUCCCGCAGGGCUUCCCGGGCUAUCCUCAGCAGCAGUACCAGCAGCAGCAACAGCAGCAAUAUCCUGGUGUCCCUGGCGGACCCAUGUCUGGCCAAUACGCACCCCAGAUUCUACAAAGGCCUCAACAACAGCAGCACUCACCGCAGGUUCGAGCUGAGCUCCCGGAUCACCCUAUCCGAUCCCAGCCACCUCAGCAGCCCACCAUCCUCCAGCGGCAAAGACCUCAGUCGAACGAACAUGUCGCUCAGCAACAGAGACAGGGGCCACCGCAGCCUCAAGCCCAAGGCCCAUCUGGACAACCCCGUCACAUUUUGCAGAACCCCAACCGUCUCUCUGGUCAAGGUCAGCCCAUGGUUCAGACUGGCCCUCAAGCUGGCCGUGGUCAACCUGCAGCGCAUAACAGAGGUCCUUCGUUUCCCGGCAUGGUCAUUACUCACCCAGAGCAACUUCUUCAACUAUCAGAGGCAGAACGUGCGGCCUUCCUUGAAGAAGACGCCAAGCGAGCUAAGCGGAACCAUAAGAUUGCUUUAUUGGCCAAAGACAACGGCCUGAUGACACCCCAAGAUAAGAAUUUCAUAACCAGAAUCCAGUUGCAGCAGCUGAUGACUGCCACUGGCAACUUGGAGGAGAGGGGACCUGAAGCAGCCAUCGCCGAAGACUUUUACUACCAGGUCUUCAGCCAGAUUCGCGGUGCUCCACGUCACAAUCCCCAGCAGCCAGCCAGUCAAUUUGCCCAGACCUACCUGUUCCAGACCAACAACAGGUUUGGCGCCCGCAGACAGGGUCGGGGAGGUGACAAUCACAUGCAACGCAUGGAACAGCAGAUUCAGCGAGCCGUUGAAGCUGCCAAAGCGAGGCCAAAGGCCCGACAGCUUGUUGUUGAAGGAAGUCUUGGAAAGAUUGCGUUUAGCAACUCCAAGACCCCACGUCCGCUGCUCAAUCUCAAGCGCCCCGAGACCAACGACAAGCUUCCAAAAUCUCAUAAGUCUUCUAUUGCCGAUCGCAAAGAAGCUCUCCGCAACAUCGAGGCUGUAUACAGAAGCCUCAUGCAGAUGGAAGACCAUGAGCGAGCCAUGCCACCACCGAUCCAAGAAGGCAGUCCCCCUGAGGCUAUUCAGGCACAUAUGGAAUGGCGAUCGAAGAUUGACGUCCUCCACGAGCAACUCUGGUCGAACACGAAGAUCAUGGAACCCAUCAACCCCAGCGCACCUCACCCCUUCAUUUCUAUCCUCUCGCACGCCAAGGGAAAGAAGGUCAUUCCGCGCCUCUUCCGCCACAUCAACGAACAAGAACGUAUCACAGUCGUGACCAUGAUUGUGGUUCACCUUGAUGCUCUCUCGGUAGUUGGCCAUGCCAUCGCCACGCCCGAUGAGCCUUUGAGCGCAGCGAUCCGAGAAGAAGUCGACCUUUUCUCUCAAACUGUCAUGUCGCCCAUCCAUGCGCACAUCUCAGACGCGCCCCUGAACAUUGUCAUCGGUCUUCUUGGUCUUGUCCUAGAUCGUACCAACCUCCAUGUCGUUGCUAGAAGCAAGAUUGGUCUGACGCUACUGACCUUUCUGAUUUCUCGUGCCGAACUCCUGAAGCAAUCAGCUCCCGAGAUGGUUACCGACUGGCAGCAAUGGACCAACCUUUACAACCGUCUGUUCGACGUCAUCGAGCCUGUUCUUCCUUAUCUGUUCCCUGGAAGUAUCAACGAUACCGACGACAUGUACAUCUGGCAGUUCCUCGCCGCGAUGGGUGUGGGAGCUAGUCCCGAGCAGCAACAGAGGCUUGUGCUCGGCGUCAAAGAUCGUGUUAUGGAAACUGUGGCUGUCAGCAAGGCGUUGCCAGCUGACAUGGCGAGUGCUCGAACAUCGAACGUGAAUCUUUUCAUGAGGGCCAUCGGUCUGGAUGUGGAACUUCUUGGAUGAAAAGAUUUGAGUAGUAAUGCCUGGUUCAUCCCGAGUUAUCGUAAACUAGCUGUUGCGCCGUGCGGUAGGCCGACGUUAGGAGCACGAUGCGAAGUCCGAGUGGAGGAGACGUGAGCGCACUUGGAUGUGCAGAAUCAAUACCACACAUGGUUUUUGCCUGGGUUAGACGUCUACGAUGAAGCAGCCCAGCAUGGUUGAGUGUCGAGCCUCGGGUCUCGAUGAACGAGCGAGGAGAACUAGGUCUUGUCGGCCAUUCACUACUGUCACUUUAGUGAGAGAGACGGGUGUAAGAGCUGCUGAAGGAGGAGCGGCAUAUUAUGAUGGAACUGAAAAGCGCUGUCACUUAGCAUUCGAAUAUACGCAAUUGAUUUCAUGUCAGAUAAGCUUCUGUUCAUAGCAAACUGCAUUUUUCGCACAGGCCUGUGCAGCA